AUGAGGUCACGUAGCGUCCCUGUCAGCCUGUGGACGAGGCUGUCGUGGCCCAAUCACGCGCUCAUCCCGCGCAGCACGCUCGCCCUCGGCAUAGUCUCGCUCUCCCUCACCUGCAUCGCCCUCAGCGCCUCCCUCCUCGCCUCCUCUUUCAUCCGCUCCGCUCCUCCCCCUGCCUCGCCUAGCAGCGCUCCUCAUGGCCCCUUGCCGCGCUCACGCCACAUCACAGCUGCAGAUUCAGUUAUCAGUGGAGAUAAGCCGGGUACGGCGGAAGUUCUUGGAGGUUUGGACGGGUCUGGGGUGGAGAUUCUCUCUGGAGAGAUGACGUCCCUGGCAGGUGGAAAGGAGGGGAGCAAUCCUCCUGAAAAAGCAGAGAAGAACGCUUCUAAAGAUGAAAAAAAGGGCGGUUUAAGGUGGUACGAGUGGGUGCUGGGGGCUUUUGCAAGCCCUCUGGGAGCUUUCAGUGACCUCAGGGUUCCGUAUCAUGCAGAGCAGAGUGUCCUGCCGUCGGGUCAAGGCUCCUCGAGUACGAGACGAGAAGGGCGGGUGGUGACUUCUGCUACCGAUGGAUUGGAGGCGAUGAUUCGUGGUGAUGAUGGUGGUGGUGAAAGGGGCGGAAGGGGGGAGGUUGUUGCAGGAUCGCAUGAGAAGGAGAAGAUGGCUGAUGAGGAGGAGAGGGAGGAAAAGGAGAAGGGAGAAGGGGAGGAGGAGCAAGGGGAGUCACAGCUUCGGCACGUCAUGUUCAACAUAGCCUCGUCCCGAGCCACCUUUCCGUACCGCCGAGCCUACCUGCGCAGCUGGUGGCGCCCGGGUGGGCAGGAGGAGGAGAUCCGGGGCUACGUGUGGGUGGAUGACGUGGCAGCGGUCCCGCAUGACGUGGCGUUGGACCCACCUGUGCGAGCCAGCAGCGACACGAGUCACCUGAGCUACCGCAGCACGGGGCUGAGGGAGUAUUUGCGCCUGGCGCGGAUUGUGGUGGAUGCGUACAGGCUGGGAGAGACGGGCGUGCGAUGGUACGUGAUGGGAGACGACGACACGUUCUUCAGCCCCCAUACCAUCACCACAUUCCUUGGACAAUACGACCACAAUACACCACUCUACCUGGGAGCGCCCUCAGAGACGCACUACCAGAACGUCGCCAACACGCACGGCAUGGCGUUUGGUGGGGGAGGCUUUGCCAUCUCGGCAGCGCUGGCGCGCAUGCUGAGUGACGGAGGGGCGAUGGACGCGUGUUUGGAGAGGCAUGCCGCAGUGUGGGGGAGCGACGAACGCGUGGCUAGCUGCGUGGGAGAGCUGGGGGUGUCCCUCACUCCAACCCCGGGAUUCCACCAGGUAGAUCUGGGUGGCAGUCUCUUUGGGCUCCUCAUGGCGCACCCACUACAGCCGCUGCUCUCGCUGCACCACCUUGACUUCGUUGACCCGCUGCUGCUGCCAGCUGGCAUCGCUGACCGGGCGGAGGGGCUUGCCACGCUGGCGGAGAGAAUCCGGCCGGACCCAGUCGGGUUUGCACAGCUGGCAGUGUGCGGGGACGGCGCCCAGUGGACAGCAGCCAUCUCAUGGGGCUUUGCCAUCAAGAUCUACCCCGGGGCGCGGCUGCUAUCAGAGCUGGUGAGGGCAGAGCGCACGUUCUACUCCUUUGUGGGGAGUGCCGACCCCACCGCGUUCACCUUCGAUACCAGGACACCAGAG